ACUAUGUUAGUGCAUUCUGUUUGAUUCUGGAGAAGGAAGUCUUGAUUUUGCCUUUAUCAACAGAAGAUUGAAAGCCUAUAAUUCUUUUUUGUUCUACUUUGCUCGCCGGAGCUUUUUGGUUCUGGAUCACUAAAACAGAAGGAUUGAUUGUGUAGGUUGAGUUUACUUUUUGUUUGGUUUGGAAUCUUUUGUGUUUUUCUUUUUGCUUAAUCUGUAAGCUAGGUUGAGUGGAGUGAACAAAGAAACGUGCUCUGGCGUUUAUUCUUUAUCAUUCAUUCUUUCCUUGAAGUAAUGUCAAUCUUAUACCCUACAGAUAGGAUUAUUCUUUAGCAUAGGUUUCUGUAGCUUUGAGCAGAAAGCUUGCUGUUCAUUUGUAUUGUUUUCUGGUGCUUGUUUCUGGGCUCUCUUGUUUGUAACUAUGGAAUCAUUGAAGAAGAAAUUCAAGGCUCUUUUCAGUAGCAGAGGUUGUUUUGGAUGCUGUGCUAAACCUUCUACAAGUCUUUCUGUUGAUAAUGGUCUGAAAAUUGAAGACCGAACAUCAAAGCAAGACAGGAUUUCAGAUGAUUUUUGGAGCACCAGUGCAGGUGAAAUGGACUGCAGUGGAGUACAAUCCCAAAGAAGUAUUUCGUCAAUCAGCACCUUGAAUCAGCCCUUUGAUCCCUGUAGUAAUGCUGGCAGCACAGGCAAUCCUUCUGAAUUUGUAAAUCAUGGCCUUAUUCUUUGGAAGCAAACAAGGCAGCAAUGGCUUGCAAAUAAGAGGUCUCCAAACAGGAAUCAAGCUCGAGAACCAGCAAUAAGUUGGAAUGCCACUUACGAGAGUUUACUUGGAAUAAACAAGCCCUUCCACCGUCCCAUUCCUCUGCGUGAAAUGGUGGAUUUUCUUGUGGACGUUUGGGAACAGGAGGGUUUCUAUGACUAAUAAUAAAAAGCUGGAAAUUUUACAAGUGCUUUCUCCUUCCUCAAAAGUAUCGCCUGAAGUUUGCAUCAUCCAUUUAUAUACCCUUCUGGAUGGAACAAAUAAUUGUAGCCUGUUUAUUGAUUUUAUGUUUCUCUAUCAAUUAAAUGAACUUUUCAAAGUUAAUAAUUGAAAAUAAUUUUUUUAUUUUUUAAUUAUC